AUGUCUGAGAGAAAGGUCUUGACCAAGUACUACCCCCCGGAUUUCGAUCCCUCGGCCAUUACGCGGACGCCGAAGCACCUUCGCCAGAAGGGUCCGAAGGUCAUCACCGUCCGUUUGAUGGCCCCAUUCUCUAUGAAAUGUACACAAUGUGGUGAAUAUAUCUAUCGAGGCCGCAAGUUCAACGCGCGCAAAGAAACAACCGAAGAAAAGUACCUCAACAUCUCCAUCUACCGUUUCUACAUUCGCUGCACUCGCUGUAGUGGUGAGAUUACCUUCAAGACAGACCCUAAGAAUAUGGACUACACCUGUGAAAAGGGUGCAAAGCGUAACUUCGAACCGUGGCGCGAUCCCAAAGCCGAAAACUACAACGAGACCCAGGAUGAGACGCUGGAUCGACUGGAACGGGAGGAAAAUGAAGAGAAGGAACAACAGGAGCGGGAUAAGAUGGCAGAGCUGGAAGAGAAAAUGCUCGACUCCAAGCGGGAGAUGGCAAUUGCGGAUGCGCUCGAUGAGAUCCGCACGCGCAAUGCCAGGAUUGAGCGAAAUGAAGGUCUUGGGGACGAAGCCACUAUCGCCGCACUUCCAGAAGAGGUGGACCAGGAGCGACUGAAGGCUGAGAAGGAAGAUGAAGAGGCCGCGCGAAGGGCGUUUAUGACGUCCUCUGGGGAGAAGGUGAAGAGGAUUGUCGAAGACGAGGCAGUUGAUUCUAGUGCCCCAGAGAAAAAGCAGACUGAUAUGCCGCCCCCCUCAUUUACAAGGACCAAGAAGCCUAAGAAGCCGCUUGUGAAUAAACUGGGCAUCAAAAAGAAGCCUUCCUUGGUGUAGAGGCAGCCCUUAACGAUCAAACGAUGGGUUAUUGAUGCCCGAAGGUUUUGGGCAACUGGCGUUCUGGUCUACUGGGUAUGCAUCAUUAGCGAAUUUAUUGGUAUCAGUUACAAAGCUACGAUACGAAGCAGAUCUUGAAAAUUUGUAAAUAUUAUCUAUAGUACAUUAAACUAAAACAAAAUCUGUUAAUUUGAUAAAACAAAGCACAAAGCAAAACAUCUUUUCCAGCCAUGAAUGG